CGCGUGAACACUAGUUGAAUGUUUGCCAAUGUAGAUUAGCGCACGAUUUUCACGAAGCAAGCAUGAAGCGCCCACCCAACACACAUCAAACGCAUAAUCUAAAUCGCUGUCGAUAUAACAAUCGUAAUUCAGACAGCGUAAUGUAACAACAAACGUAAAACAAACAAAAUGGCGAGUACAUUGCGGAAAUGGGCUAUAGGAGGCCUGGCUGGUACAGCUGGUGCUGGAUUGGCUAUGUAUGCCUUCCUCAGGGAAGAUCAGGACGCUAGAUGGGCAGUAGUAAACGCUCAACAACAGCGCAAACGAAUCAAACGCCCGCUGCCAAAACGAGAAGAACAAAUCAAAUCCCUACAAACGGAAUCCUUUGACGUAGUGAUCAUUGGAGGAGGUGCCACAGGCGCAGGCUGUGCGCUAGAUUCGGUCACCAGAGGAUUAAAAACCGCCUUGAUCGAAGCGGACGAUUUCGCUUCAGGCACUUCCAGCCGCAGUACAAAACUUAUUCACGGUGGAGUCCGCUAUCUACAAAAAGCAAUCAUGCAGUUGGACUACGAGCAGUACAAAAUGGUCAAAGAAGCCCUCAAUGAACGAAGCUCCAUGUUACAUGCAGCUCCUCAUUUGGCUCAUCCCCUGCCGAUAAUGCUGCCAGUCUAUCAAUGGUGGCAAGUUCCAUAUUAUUGGUUUGGCAUUAAAAUGUAUGAUUUGGUGGCUGGAACCAAAACAGUUCGAGGUUCUUAUCUGCUGUCAAAGAAAAACGCCGUGGAAUUAUUCCCCAUGUUGCGUGGAGAUAAACUUUGUGGUGCUAUUGUUUAUUAUGAUGGUCAACAAGAUGAUGCUAGGAUGAACCUUGCGAUAGCCCUUACAGCAACACGGCACGGGGCCACUGUUGCUAAUCACGUAAAAGUUACUAAACUGAUGAAGAAAAAAGACGCGAACGGAGUAGAAAAAAUUACUGGAGUGCAUGUUCGUGAUGAACUGACCAAAAAAGAAUGGACCGUACCAGCUAAAUGUGUUAUCAAUGCUACUGGUCCAUUUACAGACAGUAUCCGCCAAAUGGAUGAUCCUAAUGUAAAAACUAUCUGCGCACCUAGCAGUGGUGUCCAUAUUGUACUUCCGGGAUAUUACAGUCCAGCAGAGAUGGGUUUAUUAGAUCCUUCUACUAGUGACGGUCGUGUUAUCUUCUUUUUACCCUGGCAGAAACAAACGAUUGCAGGAACUACAGAUUUGCCUUGUCAAGUAACACACAAUCCCAAACCAACAGAAGACGAAAUUAUGUUUAUUUUGGAAGAGGUGAAGAAUUAUUUAAAUCCGGAUGUUGAAGUGAGAAGAGGUGAUGUCCUGUCUGCAUGGAGCGGAAUAAGACCAUUGGUUUCCGAUCCAAAUAAACCAGACACUCAAUCAUUAGCACGUAAUCAUAUUGUUCACGUGAGUGAUUCCAACUUAGUUACGAUAGCUGGUGGAAAGUGGACUACAUAUCGCGCAAUGGCGGAAGAAACAAUAGACGCGGCUAUUAAAUCAUGUGACUUAAAGCCAAAAGUCGAAUGCAGUCAAACUGAUGGAUUAUUAAUGGAGGGUGCCCACGGAUGGACACCAACGAUGUAUAUUAGAUUAGUACAAGAUUUUGGAUUGGAAAGUGAAGUUGCUCAAAACUUAGCUAAUUCAUAUGGUGACAGAGCUUUUGCUGUCGCUAAAUUAGCGUCCAUUACAGGGAAACGUUGGCCAAUUAUUGGUAAUAAAGUUCACCCCGAGUUUCCAUAUAUUGAUGCGGAAAUUCGUUAUGGUGUGAGAGAAUAUGCCAUGACAGCCAUUGAUAUGAUUGCCAGGCGUUUAAGAGUUGCUUUUCUCAACGUUCAAGCCGCUCAGGAAGCAUUACCUAUGAUUAUUGACAUUAUGGCGGAAGAACUCAAUUGGUCAGAAGCUGAGAAAGUUAAACAACACAAAGACGCCACUGAAUUUCUUCAAUACGAGAUGGGUCAAAUGGUUAAUCGUGCCAGUCGUGAACGUAUCCCAAUUAACUUGAGUAAAAAUGAGAUUCAGACCUACAUUAAGCGCUUCCAGAUUAUCGACAAAGACCGAAAGGGCUACGUCUCCAUCAAUGAUAUUCGUAGGAGUCUCAAGAUACACGGCGAGAAGGAAGUUCCGGGUGAGGAACUGCACGAAAUUUUGCGCGAAAUCGAUUCAAACAUGAAUGGUCAGGUCGAACUCGACGAAUACCUGCAGAUGAUGUCGGCAAUUAAGUCAGGUCACAUUGCUUAUUCAAGAUUCGCCCGAAUGGCUGAACUCGAAGAAGAAAAGCACGAGAAGGAAGAGCUGAAGAAGAAAAUUACAGUUGAGCGUAGCGGCGGUGGUCUUUAAGCACUUUAAAUGCGAUUUCUGCAUGUGAGUAAUUUUAUUCAAGAUGGCGCCGAAUCAAAAGUGUAUCUUCAUGUACCUUCGAGUAAAAUAUUUUUCAAUGUUUUUCUAUGUAAAAGACGUUUACAAGAUGUUUAUGAAAAUUUCAAAUGUUUAUUUGGUUGUUUAUACAUACUAUUAGGUACACAAAUUUAAUCAAUUAUUAUAUAGCCGAAAUAAUUAAAGUAAAUCUUUCUUUUAAGAAUUAAA